AUGCAAUUCCUUCCUUUUAUCAUCGCUGCUGGCAGCCUCCCCCUCAUUUCUGGGGCUCCAGUCGCAUCCAAUCUCUACAGCGUGUCUGCAGAUGUUAAGUCCACUCACUCUCUUAGUGGACGUAGCACCAGUUUGUACGCAGGUAUCUUUGCUGGUGAUGGUCUUACCUCGCAGGGCUGGCCCUCGGUCUCUCAAUGGAUGUCCACCUUCGAGGACAUGUGGGAAAGCAACCAAGAGGUCAUGAAGGCCAGUUGUGGUAACAUGGGUUACGGUGACGACAACUCUGAGGAGGAGAUCGCCGACAUCAAGAAGGCGAUCAAUGCCAUUGCUAGCGAAAGCAGUGUCGAUGCUCGUUACAUCUUCUCUAUCGUGAUGCAGGAGAGCAAUGGCUGUGUCCGCGUGAAGACCACAGACAAUGGAGUCAUCAAUCCUGGUCUGAUGCAGAGCCACAAUGGCCAACACGCCUGCAAUAAUGCUGCAGGAGACUCGCCUGUCUCUCCUUGUCCGUAUGAGACAAUCCACGGCAUGAUUAGCGACGGUACUACUGGCACCGGGGGUCUCAAGAAUUGUCUGACCCAGUACAAGGACUCCGAGGAAUCGGCCACCUACUACAGGGCCGCCCGAUGCUACAACUCCGGCUCUGUUGCAAGCAACGGCAAUCUCGGUGAUGGUAUUACCUCCACCAACUGCUAUGCCACAGAUAUCGCCAACCGUCUCCUGGGCUGGGCUACCGGCACCAGCAACUGCAACUCGGGUCUCAUCGCUACCCUGACUUCGAGCCAGUGGGAUGGAGCCAGCGACUCCGGCUCUGGUAGCUCCGGCAGCUCUGGCAGCUCCGGAGAAACCUCCACCUCCACCUCCAGCUCUAUCCCCGCUGCCACCGAGACGUUCGCUCCCUCUACCAUCGUGCCCACCGUCGUUCAAACCGCUCAGCCCACUACUACAUCUGCGCCCGCGCCCGCAGCUACCACCACCGAGGCCCCUGCUCCUGUUGCCCCUACUACAACUGCUGCUCCCACUGUUGUGCCUUCUUCGGCACCUGCCCCGGCGCCAUCGUCCAGCCUGGCACCUGGCGGCAACUAUGGACCGUACCCUUACGCCUCCAAAUCCUGCCAACAAUACUACACCGUCGAGGCAAACGACUACUGCCGCAAGAUUGAAGUUCAAUAUGGAAUCACUGCAACUGAUUUCCAAAGCCUCAACCCGGGCUUGGACAACACUUGCUCAAAUCUAUGGAAGGGUUACCAAUACUGUGUCAAGGCCUAA